UUCUGUUUGCCUGGGGCUCGCUAAUCUGCUUGCGGAGGGCUCUCUCUCUCUUCCGAUCCAGCAAUGGCGAUUCCAAAGAAGAGCCCUAACCUUUUAGGCAUCAUUAUCACCCUUUCUCUGGUUGCAUUCGUUUCUGCCGAGGUUUUCUUCGAAGAACGUUUUGAAGAUGGAUGGGAGAAGAGGUGGGUCAAAUCUGAUUGGAAGAAAGAUGAGAACAUGGCUGGGGAGUGGAACUACACUUCUGGUAAAUGGAACGGAGAUGCUAAUGAUAAAGGUAUCCAAACCAGCGAGGACUACAGAUUUUAUGCCAUCUCAGCAGAAUUCCCUAUUUUCAGCAAUAAAGACAAGACAUUGGUUUUCCAGUUCUCUGUUAAGCACGAACAAAAGCUUGACUGCGGUGGUGGGUACAUGAAGUUGCUCAGUGGUGAUGUCGAUCAAAAGAAAUUUGGCGGUGAGACUCCAUACAGUAUCAUGUUUGGUCCAGAUAUCUGUGGUUACAGCACCAAAAAAGUUCAUGCCAUUCUUUCAUUCAAUGAAUCAAACCACUUGAUCAAGAAGGAUGUUCCUUGUGAGACUGAUCAGUUGACUCAUGUUUAUACUUUCAUCCUCCGGCCAGAUGCUACCUAUAGCAUCCUCAUAGACAAUGUUGAGAAACAAUCUGGGAGCCUGUACACCGAUUGGGAUAUUCUCCCUCCAAAGAAAAUCAAGGAUCCUGAAGCUAAGAAACCUGAAGACUGGGAUGAUAAGGAGUAUAUUCCUGAUCCUGAAGAUAAGAAGCCUGAGGGGUAUGAUGACAUCCCAAAGGAGAUACCUGAUUCUGAUGCUAAAAAGCCUGAAGAUUGGGAUGACGAGGAAGAUGGUGAAUGGACAGCCCCAACCAUCCCAAACCCUGAAUACAAGGGACCAUGGAAACCAAAGAAAAUAAAAAACCCCAACUACAAGGGAAAAUGGAAGGCGCCUAUGAUUGACAACCCAGAUUUCAAGGAUGACCCAGAUAUUUAUGUUUACCCCAAUUUGAAGUAUGUAGGCAUUGAGUUGUGGCAGGUUAAAUCAGGCACCAUGUUUGACAAUGUUUUGGUUUGCGAUGACCCCGAAUACGCAAAGAAACUGGCCGAGGAAACAUGGGGUAAAAACAAAGAUGCUGAGAAGGCAGCAUUUGAGGAAGCAGAGAAAAAGAGAGAAGAGGAGGAAGCAAAGAGUGACCCAGUCGAUUCUGAUGACGAGAACGAGGAGGAAGAUGACGAUGUAGAUGAUUCUGAAGGCGAAGACGCUGGGAUCAAAAGCGAAACUGACAAGGAUAGUAAGGAUGUACAUGAUGAACUGUAACUGAGACAGUCCGGAAGCAGUUGGUUUUAGAGAUGACUUUUGAGUAUUUAGGCGCCCAAUUUUUCCCCCCUUUUAGAUGACUUUGAGUAUCAUUGGCUCUAGGAUUCUUCUUUAGAAGAGUACUGUUAAUAGCCAAGCGCAAUAUGUGUGGCUGAUUACAACCAUUGGUUAUCAUCAAUAUUUGAAAAAUGAAAGAAUUUCUGAAUAUAUUAAUCUUCUUGCACGCUUUAA